AUGGAUCAUGAUCAGCUCCAGAAGCCUGUGCUCGCAUCUCUCCGAGCAAUCACGCCCUCGGAUUCAGCCCCUGCGCACCGCAAGAAACGGUCUCAUUCACGCGGAAACUCGAUUGUGAAUUUUGAUGACAUUCUCAGUCUGCCCGUUCCCAACCCUUCAUCGAUUCCGUCUCCGCCUCGCUCACGCCCAACGUCACACCACCGACGUCUUUCGUCCGUCUCCACACGCAGAGAAAGUUCGGAAGUAAUGGGCGUCACCUUUAAUGAAGAUUCAAAGGACAACGCGAUCACCAGCAGCCGUGUCGACAGCCAUCUCCGAGCCCUGUUUGCACUCGAGGGACGCACCUCACCGACUCCAAGCCCCCUUGCGACCGCGGUGUUUGGCCCAGCAAAGGUGGAUCUGCCAGAAUUCGGAGCGGAGGACAAGUCGUCCGAUUCGACGGCGCCGUUACCAUCGAAGCCUUCUUACCCCGCCAGUAGCUCUCUCGCGGGCAAACGAGAUUCAUUUGGCAAACUGCUCGCUGCGGCUCCCAGUGUGAAAAAAGAACUCGGUAUCCUCCUCGAAGAGGACGAAGGCGAGGACCCAGCAGGCUCGGACAGCGAGCUCGUGCCCGUGCCUGCCGCUCGACACCGUCCGCGAUCCCUGAAUUUGCGUUCAUCUCUCCUAUCAAAGGCGUCGACAUCCAUUCUUCCGACACCGUCUCCAACGCCAUCCUCCGGUCGGACGCCAAAGCUCAAGUCGCUUACCCUGGCUUCAUCUUCUGUCAUGGGUUCCUCCCAAGGUACCCCGCCACGGCGCUCAUCUCAGCUCGUGAUCAGCAGCUCGGUUCCCCUGCUAUCUGCCGCAGAGCUCGAGAUGACACAGCGCCAGGGCAGUAUCUCCUAUCGCAAGCCUUCAUCCACGCUCCACCGUGCUGCUUCUCCUGAUGCCGCCUUAUCAUCCUUGUUCCUGAACCUUCCCAUGGCCAAUAAUGGUGGAAGCAGCAACCAGACGACUCCGCUCCAGUCACCACGAUCGCAGACUCUCACGCCGAGUCCAUCGCCGACAUUUGAGCUUCGCUCCAACACCCCUCCAUCGCGUGUAUCAAGAAUGACAAGUCCUCAACGGUCCACGUCCCCAACGGAGCUUCUCGCGCAAACCUCUUACUAUGCGAACUCACACGCGUCAUUUGUUGCGCGGAUCGCGGAGCUCGAAGCUGCCCUUGCUCGGACCAGAACUCUUUCCCCUGCUCCUACCGAGCCUUCUGAGGAACUCCUCGAAAUGCUCUCGGACCUCAAGGCGGAAAGGGACCAACUCAAGCAUACCCUCGACCUGCUCACCAGCCGCUUUGGCGAGCUUGAAAAGCAGCUAAGCGCGUUGGGCAGAAAGCUUGAUAACGAAAAGCGCGAGGCAUGGGUUAGCAAGGAGAAGCUACGGACCAAGGAAGAGGAAAAUCGACAGUUGGACGCGGAGAAAGAGGCCCUUAGGGAAGAACUCGAGGAGCUCAAACGGCAAUUGUCCAAUGCGCGAUCUGCAGUGCGAGAAGAAAGGGACAAACGCGUUGCAGUCGAGCGGGAGCUCCAAGUUGCGCUCGACACCCCAAGGGUCGCCGCCGAUCCGUACCCGUACGCGACCAACUAUAUUCGCAACAGGGGUUCCUUUGACUCGCAGGUUACACAUUCCGAAGCCGCGUAUCAGACGACUGCUCCCGUCAGCGUCGCCAACGGGGACGAAGAUGACGAUUCGGAUGCAUCGUUCCACUCUCGAUCUCUGUCUCACGCUUCGUUUACGUCGAGAAAGGGUCGGGAUACCAUUGCCAGUGAUUGGUCGUUUGCCAAGGCGGCUCGUCGGGCAAAGGCGAAGUCAAAGCACAAUGCCGAUCCAUUCUUUGCGGGUCUUGAAGAUGAAGACGAGAACACGCAAGUCGUCGAGUCGGGUCCUUCCGAUGCACUCAAGCCGCUCACACCCCGUGCCAUCAGCUCGCCGGGUCCGUUUACGUCGUCCAGUGGCGUGAGCUCCUCGGGCGCAUCUGGUGUGCUCAGCUCUCCUGGUGCCUACAGUAUCGGAUUCGGAUUCGGUCUCAGCGCGGACGAGGAUGAGGAUUCAAACUUCAACUUUGGCCAGCCACCUUCGCCAUCUCUGUCGCCUAAAAACGACAGUGGAAACGAGUCGGACCGAGAAAUCAGUUCGUCGCCUUUGGUGGAUGACGAAGAUGCUACGUUUUCGUUUGCGUGCCAGACGUCGGAUGAGUCUCACUCGACGAACAAGACGAUCAACACUCCCAGUCUCGCCCAGGUUAUGGCCCUCUCUACGCCCUCUCUUCCGUCCACCCCGUCACCGUCUAUGCCCAACUUUUCCGAUCCAGCGACACCUCGACCACGGCACAAGGCAAAGGAUAGCAUGAGCCUGCGACGUCGAUCAAAGAUGGAGCGACCUUCUACCGAUCUAUCCGACUCUUCGCAUGCGCACUCGACUCAACGACAUGUCUCGCCUCCACCACGGACCUCCGAAGAGUCGGUCCCGACUUCUCCUCGAUCGGAACCCUCGUUUUCGUUUCCACGGUCGGCACCUGCGCCGAAACCCGCCAGAUUUUCGAUGCUCGUCGCGCCAACGUUGGACAUUUCGAUCCCGUCUUCGGAUUUUGGCUCGCUGCUGCCGUCUUUUGAUUUCAUGUCGUCACCUGCUGCCAUCAGUGCUCCUCCGCCGGCACAUCGUCCGGAAAUUGCGAGCAUGCGACCACCGCCGCCAAUCUCGAUGCCUUCUCCUGCGAGAAGGUUGAGCGAGUCACGGUCUAGUCUUGGCCAGGCUACGACGGAAAUGACGCAACAGAAUCAACCUGCUGUUCAUGGUCACAAGAGCUCGCUGUCGCUUUCGUUGGCGUCACUGGCGAGUCUCUUGCCUUCGUCUUGGUCACCCCGUGCGUCACCCACUUCUCCCGUCGCAUCUAUUGGAAAUCGAAACUCGUUGGAGCGUGCGCUCGCAUCUCGAGAGAAGCAGCUUAGCCGGCUUGCCGAGCAGAUGGGUCAGUCUGUCUCUCCGAGCGACCACCGGCCGUCCUCUUCGAUUGAGGCUGCGCAGCCGUCGCAAUCGCGAAGUCGGAGUGGAUCUCGUGUGAUAUAG